UUUACAUAUCCUUCAGAUUCAAGCAACUGACACCUUUCAACCACCAAAACCUCUUCAAUCUCUUCUUCACCUUCACUUUCACAAAUCACAUUACCUUUCUUCAGCUUGUUUCUGUGUGGUUUCAUUUGAUUAUCCCAUUUCCAAAUUCAAGGUUUUGAUUAUCCUCUCCUCUGCUUCUUGGCAUUAUUCUUGAAUGGCAAACUCAUUAAGAUUUCGAGCUUUCAGGCCUGUGAUUGUUUUUUCAUUCUGUUUCUUGGUUAUUUUCUUGAGACCCAAUGUUUCCUCGGCCACACGCGAUAAGUAUAGGGGUCCAGGGCCACAUGAUGAUUAUGUUCAUGUUACAGCAUUAGAUGGUGAGAGCGGUGGAGCUACUCUAGGAGUUGACGGUAGAUCGGAGCUUUGCAAUAUAGAUAUGAGUAGUUUUCUUCCUCCUCCCUACAACAAUAUAUCAGGCAUGGUCUGCUCACCAGUCUGGAAUAAUUUUAUUUUGAGGUAUCACAAGAGAGAAGAGAACUUGGUGACCUUUAUAUUAUCUGCUGUAUACACCACUGGAUGGGUAGGAAUGGGGUUUUCUAAAGAUGGAAUGAUGACUGGGUCCAGUGCUAUGGUGGGAUGGUUUAACAAGGAAGGUCAUGCAAGAAUCAAACAAUACUAUUUGCAAGGUUCUCGGCCAUCACAGGUCAUAGCAGAUGCAGGUGAAUUGGAUCUCACAAAAGUUCCACCUGCCGUUGUGCUUUAUGGACCCAUGAUUUACUUGGCAUUUCAAGCCAAGUUUGAAAAACCUCUCACUCGCCAACCCAUCAUACUGGCUUUUGGAACAAAAUAUCCAAGGCAUCACCACCUCUCCAUUCAUGAUGAUAAGACCACCGUUCUCUUCGACUUCUCCGCAGGUUCUGCUUCUUCUGGGUAUGCAAAUCCUGGGCAGAUGAAGAAAAAUCAUGGAAUAUUGGGCAUCUUUGCGUGGGGCCUGCUCCUUCCCGUUGGAGCAAUUGUUGCAAGAUACAUGAAGCAUAAAGAUCCACUAUGGUACUAUAUACACGCAGGUAUUCAAUUUGUGGGAUUUAUCUUCGGCCUAGCUACUGUGGUCCUUGGACAACAACUCUAUUCUAAAAUUAAUGCCAGUAUACCGGCUCACAGAUCCAUAGGAAUCUUUGUUCUUACCCUUAGUAUUCUUCAGAUAUUGGCAUUCUUUCUACGGCCCAAGAAGGAUGCCAAGAUCCGUAAGUACUGGAAUUGGUAUCACGGCUGGUUUGGUAGGAUCGCGCUCUUCUUCGGAGCUCUAAAUGUGGUGUUGGGAAUCCACGCAGGAUCUGCAGGGAUGGCAUGGAAGAUAUGCUAUGGGUUUCUAAUUAGUACAAUAUUAGUCACAGUGGUUAUCCUAGAAACAUUGUCUUGGAUGUGGAAAUCAGAAACAACUCCACCUGCUUCCUUCCAAAUGAAUCCAAUUUCAUAAACAAUUUUCAGGGUGACCACGGUUGUUGCAGAAUUUUGACCUGAAAGAAACUGUAAGAAUUGUUCAACAGUUGACCAUUUAUUUGUUUCUGAGAAGGACAAAAUGCCAUGCCAAACUGCACUCAUUCAAUUUUAGACGUGGCCUGCACUCAUGUAAACUUUUAGAAGCUGUUCGUUAUGUAGGCGAUUUCAGUGUGAAUACUAGGGAUAUUACUGAAAGCCGGAUACAAUUAUUUGUAAGGCUGGAGCAAGCAAGUUUCAGCCUUUUUUUGGUGGAAAGUCAACACAAACUAAACAGUGAGAUUCUCCUUUCCACAUUGUGGGCUUGUAUUGCUUCGAGUUUGCAGAUGAAGGUAUAGUCGAACAUACACAAAGUUUCUCCUUCCCCCUCUCCACCUUUUCUUUAGGGAAGACAUGGUUGUCAUGUAGGCUAUAUUGACUAUAUUGAAUAUGUUUCCCGUUCAAGUC